AAAAAAUUAUAUUUCCAUUUUUAACAAAAUAUUUCGUAAACUUUGUGUUAAUUAAGAAUUAAACAUUGAGAAAUAAUUACAAUUUAACUAAAAUUAAAUAAAUGUGCCAACAACAAAAAUUAUUGCAAUAAAUUGAAAACAAUCAAGCAAAAAUAGAGAAAGAAAAAACAUAAAUGAUUCCAUAAUGAUUUUAUGGUGGUCAUUAAAACAAAUUAUAAGAAAAAAAUCGAUUAUUGUAUAAAAGUUAUAAAAAAGCGAAAGAAAGCGUAGCAAUUAAUUUAUUUUUUUCUGCUGCAAUUUACACAAAUGUUUAGCCGUAAACAAGACAAAUAAUAUUUAUUUAUUUUUUAAAUUGUUUUGUUCACAAUGAAGGUGUAGAGUUUUUUUCAAGUACUACAUAUUUUUUUGUGUGUCUCAUUAUUGUGGAGCACCCCCACCUGCAGAAAAAAUUGUCACUGUGGCUGGUGUCAUAAAUUUGCAUAUAAAUUUUGUAUCGUCUGCUGACAUUCAAGGCAACACACAACAACAAAGAAAAAUACCAAAUUUCCAUUCAACUUUGGAUUUUUAAGCAAAAAUAAUGUAUUUGUUUGAAAUUAAUUAAAAUUGAAAAGCGCAAUAAGAAAAAAAUAAACUGUUGUUAAUCCAUAAAUAAACAAUAAAAUUCAAAACUAUAAACACACACCCACACCAAUAGCAAUAAUAAGCAAUGACCGACAGCAUGAGUGUCCUUAAUAUAAAACAGGAAAUUCAAGAUACGGGAUCUAAUCUCAAUAAUAUCACAUGCUAUAGUCCCUCCACCACAACACCGACUACCAGCAGCAACAGCAACAGCAAUAAUAAUAAUAGACGUAACAGUGGAUCAAACAGUGGUGGCGGUGGUGGUGGCAUGGCUAAUGGUAUGAAAUCUUCACCUUCUGUUUCGCCGGAACGUCAAAUGUGCAGUUCUACGACCACCUUAAGUCUCAACAGUAAUGGUUCAUACAAUAAUCCGGAAGAGGGUGGAAAUAAUGGUUCAGCUGCUGGUCAGGCUUCAAAUCCUAGUCAAAGUUCCAGUUCAGGUAAUUCCAUACGUGAUGACCUGAGACGUUUGUGUUUGGUGUGUGGAGAUGUUGCUUCCGGAUUUCAUUAUGGUGUGGCAAGUUGUGAGGCGUGUAAAGCGUUCUUUAAACGCACCAUACAAGGCAACAUUGAAUAUACCUGUCCGGCCAACAAUGAGUGUGAGAUCAAUAAGAGACGGAGGAAGGCUUGUCAGGCGUGUCGUUUUCAGAAAUGUCUACUAAUGGGCAUGUUGAAGGAAGGAGUACGCUUGGAUCGCGUACGUGGUGGUCGCCAAAAGUAUCGUCGUAAUCCCGUCUCCAAUUCAUAUCAAACAAUGCAAUUACUCUAUCAGUCGAGCAUUACCUCACUUAGUGAUGUCAAAAUUCUGGAUGCUCUUAGUAAUAAUGAACCGGAUUUACUCUCCGUCAAAUCAGUGCAGCAGCAAAGCAAUACUGGCGGUAGUUCCUCGUCAUCGCUCCUAGAGGAUGAAAUCGCCACUACCAAUUCAUCACCCAUAAAUAUCAAACAUGAACAUCAGCUCAAUCUUUUAACGAACUGUAGCAAUACAAACGACAACGGGGAACUGUCACCACCCUCUACACCAACCUCUUCGACGGCGGCAAGUUCGAAUACACCUUCCACCACCACAACUUGCAUUUUUCAAUUGAAAUCAUCGCCCACCAAUAACAACAGCGAUGCUCACGAUAUACUGGUAACUCUGAGUAAUUUGUACGAUACCGAACUGGUGAAUGUUAUAGGCUGGGCCAAGAGUAUACCCGGUUUUGUGGAGCUGCAGUUAAGUGAUCAAAUGAAUUUGUUACAGGUCACCUGGCCGGAAAUAUUGACACUGCAGCUCAUCUUUCGUUCGCUGCCCUUCAAUGGUAAAUUGUGUUUUGGCUCAGAUCUGUGGAUGGAUGAGUUGUUGGCCAAAGAAUGUGGCUACACUGAAUUCUAUUAUCAUUGUCUGCAGGUGGCCCAACGCUUGGAACGCAUUUCGGUUAGACGCGAGGAAUAUUAUCUACUUAAAGCUUUGAUUUUAACCAAUUGUGAUAUCAAUUUGGAUGAUCAAUCCUCCUUAAGGGCAUUUCGUGAUUCCAUCUUGAAUUCUCUCAAUGAUGUUGUCUAUCUAUUGCGACACAGCUCAGCUGUUUCGCAUCAACAACAACUGCUACUUUUACUGCCAGCCCUGCGACAAGCCGAUAGUAUUCUACGCAGUUUUUGGCGUAGCGUUAAAGCCAAAGGUUUGGUAACUCUCAAGAAGUUAUUUGCCGAAAUGUUAGAACCUGUAUCACGGUGAGGUUUAACAGUUUCACAAUCUUAGCAUUUCGUUCAUUUAAAUUGUAUAAGAUCUAAAAAUAUACAAUAGUUAAUAUGAUUUGUUGAAUUUUAUUUUAUUUUUUAGUCUUAUGUGAAUUUAUUUUUUUUUUAAGCUAAAAACUAUUGAAAGAAAUAGUACCUAAUGGCAGUGGUUAGAUUACCUCACUCACAUUUAAAUAAUUCAUUAAUUUGUUUUCUUUAAACAAUAAAAUAGUAAGUUUAACUAGUUUUAUAAAAAAAAACAUAAAUACAUACAUACAACCAAAGAGUUUUUUUAAAACUAUAAGAUUUUUUGGUUUUUAGUUUACUUUAUAUAGAAAUUGAAAGGCUCAUAUUAAAACACUUCUAUAGAAAUAUAUUAAUUAACAAAAGAAUUCAUUUUAAGUUAUUUUUUAUACAUAUAUUAUGUAUAAAUAUGUAAAUAUAAUGUAAAUUUUUAAGAAUAACAACAAAAAAAAACAA